ACUGCUUUGUCCCUCUGCGCUCUCCGUCUGAAAACUUGAGCCGAGAGGGUCAUAGGUAUGGCGGCCUUUAGGAUGGGAAAGUUGACAACCAUAUCUUCAGGUCUGAUAUAUGCAUCUAUAAAUGUGCAUCUAGCCAAAGAAGAGGAACCCAAAAAGCAGCUAGUGAGACCAGACCAGCUCCCCAUAUAUACUGCACCAACCCUCCAUUCUAAAUAUGUUGAAGAACAGCCUGGUAAUUUACAAAGGGGCUUUGCAUCCAUCCGUACUACAACCGUGUAUUAUAUUGGCUGGUGCAAGAACAUUUAUCUCUUUAUGAAGAAUGGGGUUAUGGAUACAGUACAGUUUGGAAAAGAUGCAUAUGUCUAUCUGAAGAAUCCUCCCCAAGAUUUUCUCCCCAAAAUGGGAGUGAUUACAGCUUCGGGACUGGCAGGUUUGGUUUCAGCAAGAAAAGGUUCUAGGUUCAAGAAGAUCGCUUAUCCACUAGGACUAGCCACAUUAGGAGCAACUGUUUGCUACCCAGCUCAGUCAGUAAUAAUUGCAAAGAUAACUGGGAAAAAGGCAUAUGCUACAAGCCAGAAAAUUUUUCAAGCCAUUAAGUCAUUGAGGACACAAAACAGUGAAAACGAAUCAUUCCCUGAACCAAAGGAAGAAAGCAAGGAAGGAAGGUCUGAUGAAAUCCAUGCCAACUUGCCUGACCUGAAACAUUCAGUGUCUUUGCCAAAAGAACUUGCCUCUGCGACAGUGAUUAAAUCAGAAUCCACCUCAGGUACUACACAGUUUAUUCCUGACCCUAAGCUCAUGGAUCACGGACAGUCUCAUCCAGAUGAUAAAGAUAUGUACAGCACUAGAAGCUGAACUAGUUUGCAGAGGGAGCCUGCAUAGAGAACUGCAAGAUGUACCAAGUUACAAACAAUGGUGAAAAAUUACAUAAUGAAUGGGUAACUGACAGAAUGUGACUUGAAAUUUUUCCAUGACAUUUUCAAAUAAACAGUUUGGCCAAUGAAA